CCCGCGCAUGCGCCUUUCGGUUUACUUGGGAGCAGCAAUGGCGUCCCCCUUUGCCGUGUGCAGGUUACAUAUGAGAGUAAGGGCUGGCCUGGUGAAGAGUCUACACAAGGUCGACACUUCUCUCCGCAGAAAUAUCGUAACAAACGUUGUUGCCUCGAGUGCCGAAACACCCCAGAAGGACGAAACUGAUGAAAAGGAUGGACGCAAAUCUUUCUCUGCUGUCCAGGUAGAGAGACAAGGGCAGGCAGAGAGAUCUGUUCUCAUGAACUGCCCUCCCAAAAUCAAUGAGAAAAAGUUCCUCACGUAUUUUUCAAGACAUGGAGAUAUUAAGAAAUACUUCUUUUAUGAAAGAAAUGGCUUGUAUGCCGUUGUGGAAUUUGCCAACCGGGAAAGUGUUGAGUCGUUACUUGAAGCGGCGACCAUCCCCAGCGUCUCCAAUGAGUUCCCGCUGCCUUUUAAAUCGAGACUGUUGUCACUGUGCCACUACGGCUCAGAGGCCUCACCAAACCAGCAGUCAGGCCAACAGUGCCAACCACAAACCACCAUUCCCAUCAACCAGCUCAUAGACAGACUGUCCAGGAAGGAAAGUAUAGACCAACAGGUAACCUCCCUGAUGGAAACCUAUCAGCUAACAGAUGAUAACAUCCGUUUGCGUUUCCUAGUCUGCUCUCUGCUACGGGACAUUGCUGCUGCCUAUUUCCCAGAAUGCACCAUAAAGCUUUUUGGCUCAUCAGUAAACGGCUUUGGAAAGCUGGGCUGUGACCUGGACAUGUUUCUGGACUUGGAUAACAUCAGUGGGAGAAGAACAGAGAAGCAAAAAUCGGGUAUGUUCCUGGAGUACCGGCUGAAGAGUGUCAGCACGGAGCGCGCCGUCACUCAGCGCAUCCUGUCCUUCCUCGGAGAGUGUGUGGACCAGUUUGGGCCUGGGUGUGAUGGGGUGCAGAAGAUUCUCAACGCACAAUGUCCCCUGGUCCGUUUCUUCCACCAGCCCUCUGGCUUUCAGUGUGACCUCACAGCCAACAACAGGGUGGCGAUAAAGAGCACAGAACUGCUCUAUCUGUAUGGAGAGCUGGACCCACGGGUGCGUCACCUGGUAUUCACCGUGCGCUGUUGGGCCCGAGUUCAUUGCAUCACCAGCAGCAUCUCCGGGGCCUGGAUCACCAACUUCUCCCUCACCGUCAUGGUGCUAUUCUUCCUGCAGAGGAGGAAUCCUCCCAUUAUCCCCUGCCUGGACCACCUAAAGGACCUUGCAGGUCCCACGGACAAGAGCGUGAUUGAGGGGAACGACUGCACGUUUGUCAGCGACCUGAGCAAGAUCCAGCUGCAGAGAAACACAGAAACACUGGACCAACUUCUGCAUGAAUUCUUUGAAUUCUACAGCACCUUUGCAUUCAGCAAGAUGUCCAUAAAUAUCAGAAAGGGCAAAGAGCAGAACAAGCCGGCGAAAACCCAUCUGCACAUCCAGAACCCGUUCGACAGCUCUCUGAACAUCAGCAAGAACGUCAACGCCGCACAGCUAGAACGCUUUGUGGCUUUGUGUCAGGAGAGCACCUGGUUGCUCCAGCAGACUAAAACCAACACAUCUAGAAGUGGUAAAGGAGGCAGCGCUUCGACACCUUGGGGACUCGCUACCCUGCUCCAGCCCACCAAGGUUGCAGAGAUCAAAAGUCACAAGAAAAGGAGAGCGGGGCUCGCCAGUGAGAGAUUAAAGGGCUUGAUAGAAUCCUUGAAGAAUGGCAGUCAGCUAAAGAAAAGCUAGGCUCUUGGGAGAUCUCAGAAUUCAGCUCCACUCUCUUACAAUUGCUUUAACACAUUCAUUGGUGGACACCUGCUGGUGCUAUUGUCUGAUGCCUCACUGAGGAGGUGAGGGGCAGCUUCUGCACUGGACUGUUCCAAACAUGGACACUGGAGGGUGUUACUGAGGCCUGUAUGUGAAUAUGUUUGGGACCUAGAAUAAGGGACUGAUGACUGCGUUCGUUUCUGUAGAUUACUCUGUUGUAAUUAAAGCCAGUACAGUGGAAACUGAUGCAAGUCCAGUUCCUCAUGUUGAAGCUUGUUCAACAGAUUCAAUUGACUCAAAAUCUGUUGUACAUGGAUAUUAUAAUUUACACAGAUAAGCAACAUCAUCUGUUUACAACUCAAACACAAUCACUAUGGAUAUUGUUUUUGUACUGUUGUUCCAAUAAUAAUCAAUAAUAAUCGAGAUUGUAUUGCAAACUGUGUUUGGUUAUUAUGGAACUUCAAAACUGACAAAAGGUAGUAAAAGGGUAUCGGACACAUCAAAAUUAUAACUGACAUCAUUACUAUUAGUUAAAUAGUAAAAAGGAGUCUAGGAAUACGGUAAAAGAAACAUUUUUUAUUGUUUUGAUUUCCUUUAACCUUACCUCCAAUAAGUUGAAUUAAAAACUUAUAUAUUUCAGUCCUCUUUUGUGUAUCUGACUAGCUCAUUGUGUUUUAACAUGAGGGAGACAGAAAGGGCAGGGAAGAGAGAUGGUAUGACAUGCAGCAAAGGGCCUCAGGCAGACUUGAACCCAGGCCACUACGGUAUGGACUCAGCCUUGACACAUGAUGCAUGCAACUCGCUCUACCAGGCGAGCUUUCAGAGUGCCCUGAAAAUAAAUUUCAUCUUAAAUCUACCUUACCUUCAUCUAAGUGAAGGUAAUGACGUAUACUACUGUAGCUCUGCUGUACAAACACACUACGCUCAUCUCCAUAACACCGUCUUACCUGUGGUAAAUGAGUAUGUUUCAGUCAGCCAACAACCAAGAUGCGCAGUGCUAAUACUAUCAAUUUCCAUGUAAUAAAAUUGUUUUAGGUUAA